AUAUUUACGGUCAUUAGUGUGGACAAAUCACAAAACGAAAAUAGAAAUAGAAAGGAAGUAGGCCUAAUUCCCUGAAACUAAAACGAAAGAAGAAUCUGCGUCUUUUAUCCAACAUGACACAAACGAUAGGACGGGUUGACAAUCCACUCUUGCCUUUUGAAGGUGACAUUCCAGGGGGACUACAGCCUGGAAAACAAGUUUUUGUGCAGGGAAAUAUCCCAAACCAUGCUAACGGAUUUGGCAUCAACUUUAAGUGUGGGAGAGGGGAUGGAGCAGAUAUCGCCUUUCACUUCAACCCCAGGGUCAGCCAGGGCUGUGUCGUUCGUAACACAAUGCAGAACGGACAUUGGCAGGCAGAAGAGAAACACGGAGGAAUGCCUUUCAAGAAGGAAAAACCAUUUGAAAUCAUCUUCUUGAUUGAAGAAAGCCAAUUCAAGAUUGCAGUGAAUGGGAGGCACUUCACAGAGUUUCAGCACAGAAUCCCGCUGCACAGAGUGAAUGCCCUCCAGAUUCCCCCGGGGGUGUCCAUCUUCUUCAUCAGGUUCGACGCCCCGUACCCAGCAGCCCCAGCCAUGAGUUACCCAUCCAACAGCAGCUACCCCCCACAACUGCCAGCCCCUAUCUAUAACCCGCCUAUCCCAUACGUGGGAUUAAUCCCUCCAUAUGGGCUUCAAGUUGGAAAACUUAUCUUCAUUUCGGGAAUAACACGAGGAACGGACAGAUUCACUGUGAACAUACAAGAGAGUCCAGCUGGAGGGAGUGACAUAGCUUUCCACUUUGAUGUCAGAUUUAACUGUGGAAACAAUAAUAUCAACGAAGUUGUCCGGAACUCCAUGAGUGGAAACAGUUGGGGAUCAGAGGAGAGACACAAGCCUUUCUUCCCCUUCAGACCCCAGGCUAACUUUGAUCUGAUGAUUCUCUGUGAUGCUCAUGUAUUCAAAGUGGCAGUGGAUGGGAAGCACUUCAUUGAGUUCCAGCAUCGGCUUCAGCCCUUGGGUCGGUUCCAGUAUCUCAGCAUUACCGGUGACAUCAGGGUCACACAGAUCAGAUACCAGUAAACGGUACACAGGAUGUUAAUGUCAGAAAGAAACUAGAGACAUUUUCAGAAACUAAAGGUCAAGAGAAUCGAGAAAUGUACCAACGAUACAUGACGAUCAAAAAUGGCUGUUUCAUUUUGCUUCUUUGUGGUUUAAUUCGAUUUUUUUUAUCGCUUUGUAAGGUAACAAUAGCAAGGUUUUGUAUGCUUUUAUUAGUUUUGCGGCUAUGGUAUCAGGUGUCAAGUACAUUUUGUACUUUUAAAAUAAAUGGCUAUAAUAAAUGAUGCCUGAUAUUGGUAUAUGAUAUAUCAAAGAGAUUUUUAAUCCUGCUAGGUUAGCAUCAUCAUUCAACAUACUACACACACAGAUAUACACAUAAAAUCAAUGCAAAAAAUGAGCAAUACUCUUAUAAGCACAUGCGUUUAGCCACAGUUUAUUGUCCUUUUAAUUAUUAUCUCUCUUGAACCAAGUGCAAGUAGGUUUCUACUUUUGAAACCCCUGCGGUACAUCUGUUGAACUCCACAAAUUGUAACAUUUAGAACUUGUCAACUUAAAACAUAUAUGCAUUCAUGUAUCAUUAGAUUCCACACACCUACACGCAUCCCAUUUUCUGCUAAUUAAUUCAUAAAUAAUUACUUGUAUGUUCAUGUAUGUUAUUAACAGUAUGGAGUUAUUGAUUGUCCACUAAUCAACCCCUUCAUGGCCCUUCAGCAGGACAAAUUAAUGUAGUUAUUAGUUUUUGUUGGCAGAUAAUUUAUUAAUGUUUAAUAAUUAAGGCAUUUUUCAAACUAUCUGUUAUAAUUAAGGCAUUUUUCAAACUAUCUGUAUCUGUUAAGAUCAGUAUUGCAGAUAUACGUAUUGUAAAACAUUGUUUAGAAAACUUGUAUUUUGCUUUUUUGAUUUUUUUUGUCCUUUUUUUUUUGGGGGGGGGGGGGGGGGUCAUUUUUGCUGUUGGUAUUGAAUUUUUAUUUUGAACUUUUUUUAGAACAAUUUUUGGCAAGCACUGAAAUCUGGCUAACAUUUUAAUCACAAAAUGUGGAAGCUUGUUAAACAGCUCAGAAAUGACAUCAGUUGGGAUUGAGAAAGUUGUGUGAUAAACAAUUUGUACAUACCAUAAUUUUCAAAUGUAUUAAAUCUAAUUCACUGUUCAUAACAAUUGACAUCUUUAAUCAUUUGGUUCAGAAAAUUUAUCACUUGAAUUUUGUUAUAUAAUUGAUCUAAUUCUACAUCAUAUAUAGUUUUACCUUUCAAUCUCUUCUUUGUCUGGAGAUAGAAAAAUGCUACAAAAUGGCCCCAAUCACCCAAGUCUCAUAGUUGUAUUUGAGUGAGGGUUCUUGCUAGUAGGUGUAUUUGAUAUCCUUUUUUCAAACUACAGUAAAUGUAUCAAAAUAUAUUGCAUCACACUUACACGUGUAUUCAGUUAGAAUAUCUAGUUCAGUGCUUUUACUAGUUUUUCCCUCAAGAUUAUGGUGAUAAUCCUUGUAAUCUAUCGCAGCAAAAGUUGUGCAAUGGUAAUUAAUCAAAAUAAGGUUGUAUUGUGAUUUAUUUUAACUUGCCGUUCUUGCCCUGUACUUUCAAUGCUAUAAUAUAUUACUUUGACACUCCCUUAACACCCUCACCACUCACAGACCCACACUCAGGAUGAUUCAGUCACCGACUCUCUUUAAGUGAUUAAAAUGGCUGUAUUUUCUCUGCACUGUUAUUCUUGUAGAAAUCUCAAAUCACAUUGUAUGUAUUAUUGUUCUGAAUAUAUUAGGACCAAAAGAUGCUUUGCUUGUUUAUAACUUAGUUACUUGCUAGUAUUACUUGAUGUCUUUCUAGAUACAUGUACUUGAAGUUAGCCAGAUUAACCUAAUGAAUUACUAAUAAAGUAUCUUGCUUACUACAGUGUAUAUAUAUGUAUUUUAGAUAAGUAUUUCACGUAUACAAGAGCAUAUUUUUUGUUAUUAACCCAUCAUCUCUUUCUAUGGGGGAGCUUUUUAAAGUCAUACAAUAAUUUUUUGGAGGAUAUUUCGUAUUACUGUAUUAAUUAAGUGCAGUAUGAUUAAUUUUUAAUAUUAGUCUUUGAAAAUAUUAUUGUAAAACAUUUUGAAUGCAUUCUUAUAAUGAUUAAUUUUGAUAGUUAAAUGUUAUAUCUAUGACUUAUUGAAAAAAAAAUGAAAUUACAUGUAAAAUUCAUGUAUCCUGUAAAAUACCUAGCAUUAAUGAUAUGUGUUUUUGAUUUCUUAUGUUUUUUCUCUACUGUCAAAGACAGUUAUUGUUUUGUCAUAAUAUGUAGUAUUAAUAAAGUUUGCAUGCUACA